AUGUGGCAGUUCUCAUUCCUCUAUCAGAACAUCCUGUUCCUCUUCCUCUGCAUUUUGCCGGAUAACGCGCAAUCACUGGCAUCCGACCGCAGGGUAUAUUCAUCGCUUCUGUACGACUGGGGUCUACUAGGUCCGUACCCGCAGCAAACCUUCAAAUCCUGGUCGCGAACGGCGCCCCUUUUGAAUUUCGUACGUUGGGACGACAGCUGCGACGAGUCAGGGUCAACCUUUCUGUCGCCCCGGGGGCACAUGGUAUCUGCACCCGGUCCCCUGAUCAUAGACUCGCGCGGCGAAUUGGUAUGGGCGGAGGACAAGUACGGCCAAGCCAUGGACUUCAAGGUCCAAGAGUAUCGCGGACGGAACUAUUUGACAUUCUGGACAGGGUCGGAUACCGGCACAUUCGGCACGGGCUCGUACGUGAUGCUGGAUUCCUCGUAUCAGGAAUACAAGACGGUGAAACCCGCCAAUGGCCUGAGCGGCGACUUGCACGAAUUCGAAAUCACGCGCAAUGGCGGCACGGCGUUGAUGACGAUCUACGACCCGACGCCAGCGAACCUUUCGGCCUUUGGAAUUGUCGGGCAACAAGGCUGGAUCUAUGACAGUGUCUUUCAGGAAAUCGACAUCGAGACAGGGGCGCUGAUUUUCGAAUGGCGUGCUUCACAGCACUACGACAUCCCAGAUACUUUCCACACCAUCGAGGCCGAAGGGCGACGUCCAGAUUCCUCGGGCCGCAAGGUCUCCCACAUCGGCGAAAGUCCCGAGACGGCAUGGGAUUUCUUCCACAUCAACAGCGUCACAAAGGACGAGGAGACGGGCAAUUACUACGUCUCCUCGCGGUAUAUGCACACGGUUACAUGCAUCAGUCCGCAGGGCGACAUCCUCUGGAUCUUGGGCGGGAAAAGGAACCAGUUCACUGACCUGUCAAAGGGUAAGGCGACGAAUUUCUCAUUCCAGCAUCAUGUGAGGAUGCACGAGAAUAACACUGUUGUUACACUCUUCGACAAUGGGAAAUAUGACAGUCUCUCCAAAAAUGCCGAGUACAGUCGCGGAAUCGUGAUUUCGUUGGAUGUCGACAAAAUGACGGCCAGCCUUGUCCGAGAAUACGUGCACCCGGACCACCGGCUCGUGGGAAGCCAGGGGUCAAUCCAACUUCUGGGAGAGUCGAGGGACCACCACGCGCUUGUCGGCUGGGGCUACGUGCCCGCGUACACGGAAUUUGACGCGCGCGGCGAGAUAUUAUGUGACGUGCACCUUGCACCCUCAAUCUUCUGGGCGUUCGGAUGGGUGAAAUCAUACCGCGCAUUUCGCUCUUCUUCGUGGGUUGGGAAGCCCUCGGCACCGCCAGAUGUGUACCUCCGACCGCGAGACGGGAAGGUAUAUGUGAGUUGGAAUGGUGCGACGGAGGUGCAAACCUGGGUCCUCCAGGGCCGUGCAGACACGGAGGCAGAGAUGCAGGCAGGUCUAAAUGCGACUGCUGAGAACGACUCGUACCGCGACUUGACGUCUCUCAAGAAAUCAAAAUUCGAAACCUCAUUUCAACUCGCGACAGACAUGCCACGAUACCUCCGCAUAGCAGCAUUAGAUCGGCAGGGCCACGUUCUAGGCUUUACUGAGGUUGUUGAUCGACAGAUCGGAACCGCUCCCUCGGACGUAGUAGGGUCUCAUUUCAUCAUCUCGACCUAUUGUGCCAUAGUGGUCGUAUUGUGCUUGAGCUGGUAUCUGUGGAGGACCCUGACCUCCACGCGAAAGUCGGUUCCCGGCACGCAAGACAAAGGGAGGAACCCGGUCAAACAUCUCUGGCAUAGGCACCCACAGUCGAGCAUUAUCACUGGUGGCAAGCCGGAUCUUGAAAAGGACCUGGAGACAAUGCCCCUACAGACGGGCUGGGACGGGGAUAAGGAAGUGGACCAAGACACCUGUAAGCAAAGCAAUGACCAAGGAGUCGAAGAUGGGGAGGAAAGAUAUUGA